AUGGGAGGGUUUCGUUAUGUUGUGACGAAUACAUGCAGGGAGAUAGAGAUAUCAAAGACGCGUGGUCCUUCGUCUUGCAAUAAUAUCACUCAGAAGCAUAACAUGUUGAUGACGAGAUCUCAACUUUCAGGCUCAAACAGCCACGACGACACAUCUCAUUUUACAAUUUAA